AAAAAUGAACCAUAAAUGAAAAAUGGAGUAUUUCUUCCCUAUCUUAACUGCUAACUGCUGCAAACUCCCAAAAAUUGAGCUCCAAAUCCUCCAAAAAUGUCGAUUCCGAUCAAUUCCCUUAAACCCCAAUUGCAAUCACUCGUCUUCCCCACUCGCGCAAUCACACACAAACCCAUCACUCUAAAACCCCCAAUUCCGCUCCGCGCCAAACCCUACCAAUGGCGCCCCGUGAAAUCUUGCUUCUCGAGCCAAGAAAUCGACAUGGUGAAGACCAAAGACGGAUUCUACGCCGCCAAGGCGAAGACAGUCGUCAUCUUGUGGGACCUCGACAACAAACCGCCGCGCCGGCCGCCGUACGAGGCGGCGCAGGCCCUGAAAUCCAUGGCGAAGAAAUUCGGCGACGUGAUCGACAUGGCCGCCUACGCCAACCGCCACGCCUUCAUCCACCUCCCCCAGUGGGUCGUCCAGGGCCGCCGCGAGGAGCGCCGCCUCGACGCCCUCGAGCGGAAGUGGCUGUCGACGCCCCCGGAGCCCUACAUUUGCUCCGUCUGCGGCAGGAAAUGCAAGACCAACAUGGAUUUGAAGAAGCAUUUCCGGCAGCUCCACGAGAGGGAGAGGCAGAAGAAGAUGAAUCGGAUGCGAAGCUUGAAGGGGAAGAAGCGGAGGAAUUUCAAGGAGAGGUUUAUCGACGGGAACGAGAAGUACAACGAGGCCGCGAGGCGUUUGGUGACGCCCAAAGUCGGGUAUGGGCUGGCGCAGGAGCUGAGGCGGGCCGGGGUGUAUGUGAAGACGGUGCAGGAUAAGCCUCAGGCGGCGGAUUUGGCGCUGAAGAGGCAGAUGAUGCACUCGAUGAGCAGGGGGGUGGAUUGGAUCGUGCUGGUGUCGGAUGAUUCGGACUUUUCGGAGAUGUUGAGGAAGGCGAGGGAGGCGAAUUUGGGGACCGUGGUGGUGGGGGAUCAGGAUAUGGCGUUGGGGAGGCAUGCUGAUGUUUGGGUGCAGUGGAAUAGGGUGGAGAAUGGGGAGAUUCAAGAGAGUGAUUUGGAGUUGAGGAAGAGGGAGUGUGAUGAUGAUGAUGAGAGGGGUGAGAGGUUUUCGGUUAGUGAGUUUGAUGGGAAUUUGGCUUCUGUGGAGCUGGGCUUGGAUGAGAUCAUUGGAGCUAUGGGGUUAAAUGGUGUUAGGGUUUCAUCGUUUUCGGAGGGAGAGGAGGAAGAUGAUGAUGAUUGUGAUGAUGAGGGUGAUUAUCUAUUAGAUAGUGAUGAUGAGGGGUUUCAAGAAGAAAAUGGUGUAUAUUUGUGAUUAGCAAAACCAGAGCGAAAAGAUUGUUUUUUUUACACUAUUAGCUUGUGUAAUUAGGUUACUUGGUUGAUUAUUGGAAGCACGAUUUGGUAUCGUGGUCUAAUUGAUGGUUCGUUGGGAUAGCUUGCUGGAUUUUGAGUGAGUUAUCUAAGAAUGAGCAUUGGUGUAGUAUCUGAUUAUGCCUAGUCGGAAUUGGAUUCUAUUGAUUCUGUGACAGUUCAAAAUCUUGGUUUUGAAUGUCACUUUCCACAUUGUUAUGGCCUUUUGGAUACUUUUGGCAUAUACAUUAUUUUGAUAUGUUUUGCAUUCUGUUGGUUAUAUGUCCAAAAACAGACAUUGCAAUUUUUUAGUGGAAGAAAAAGGUAAAUGGAAAAUAUAAUUGUUAAAAGAUUAGUAUUCACAUGUGAGCAUAUGAUUUAUUUAUUUGCUUCUUAGAGUUCCAUCUCAUAAUUUGUACUAAGUGGCAAUCAUGAUUUGGUUAAAUGAAAUAAUAAGGUAUAGCAUAUUCAACUGCAAAAUAUUGUUGUUAUUGAUACUGUACAUGUAAGUCUUAGAUGCAUUUUUGCCUAGAAUUUCAUUAUCUUCAAAUUGCAUCAAGAGUUAGUUUUAAUGGCUAACUAACUCUAUUGAGAUUGAAGGAAUUAUGGUAUAAAUCUUUAUUAUUGACACUGUCUAGCUGAUGGUUGGAUGAUAUAGACGUUGAUAGCACGAAUUUGAUGUAGAAUCUUGUUUCCCUGACUGUUUUUGAUAGAAGAACCAAUGCAAGUUGAAGAAAAAGUAGGGUGAAUCAGAAAUAAUACGAGUUUGGACUAAAGAAAAAGGUAAAAUCAGCAGAUAUUGGACAUGAAAUUUUUUACUAAAUCUGCUCAUGUCUGUGAAUUUCAGCAUUUUCCCGUUCGUUCGUACUAGUAUGAAUAGUUGGAUGGAGUCACACUAUCUCAUGUUAUGCUUUUGUGGAGAUAUACAAUCAAUAGCAAUGGAAUCUCGGGGAGGUACGUAUUUCUGGCUUGUAAAUGUCACUUAACACCUAUUUUGUUUGCCUGUCGUUUGAAUUCCAGCGUCUAUGACAUAAGAUGUUUACGUUGAAAUAUUCAGUGACUUUGGUUUAUUACUUUUGCUGCAAUGCUUAUCUAACUGCUGAGGCCUGUUACUGAUCCAGUUCAAUUUCACUUCGAGUUUCCUCUACUGUAUCUUAAUCCCUUCAUAGAUGUCUCAUUUAGGAAGAAUUUCUGAUUUUCUUCAAUUUGAUGUAGUAUAUCAAAGCUUUAUUCUUCGUCGUAUGCUAAGUUACUGUCUUUGAGGCUCGUGUAUUACUUGCAUAGACUUCGCAAGUUUGGCUUGAUAGCUGCAAGAACAUACGCACCAUUUCUGUUUUCUGGUUCAAUUUUACAGGUUGUGGCACCUCUGUUUUUAGUUUGCAGAACAUUUGGGUAUGGUUGAAUAUGAUUUGUUUUACAAGAUUUAUUACACUUUUGGCUAA